AAGGGGCAAAAGACAUACAGCACCGAGGAUUCCCCAGUCGUCACCGACCUGAGUACUAAUUCGGCGGUCGGUAGCUUGUCUAGGGGAGAGCGGACGGGAUCCCGAAUUCUCUACCGCCUGUGGCCGUAUGUACUGGACAUGGCGCGGGAAGGGGGUUGA